UCAAUCAUUUCGCACCCCCUCCACCAGAAUCCAAAAUCACAGGAGAGAGGGGAGAGGGAGACCAUGGCUUCCGCCGUCGCUUCCAAGGGUGCCGCGCUGCCCAGCUUCCCCAAGAAGCUGCUCGCCGAGCCGUCCGCGUCCGGUGCGCCCGUGGCCUUCUACGCGCCUCGCCCCGCCGCGGUCAGCCCCGCCCGCGGCCCGAACAGCACCCAGGGCAAGGAGCCCCGCUGGUACGACGACGACUCCAGCGACAGCGAGGACGAGGACGCCGACGCCGGCUACCGCCGCCCCGCCCGCGCCCGCGACUUCGUCGUCCCCAGCUUCCCCUCGCAGGAUGUGCUCGACCCGGUAGGCAUCCCGGCAUGCGUGGACCGUCUGUACGCUCUGAUGGAGGACGGUGCCGCCCCGCCCGGCCUCUCCUCCGCGGCAGGGGCGCCGCGGCGGGGGUGGUGGGUGGAGAAGGACGACGACGACGCGGUGUACCUGACGGUGCCGAUGCUGGGGCUCGGGAAGUAGCGCGUGAAGGUGUGGGCGGAGCGGAACAUCCUGGUGAUCAAGGGCGGGGGCGAGAAGGUGCCCCAGAAAGGCGACUACGACCCCGCGAUGUCAAGGUACAGCCACCGCAUCGAGAUGCCCGCUGGCGCGUACAAGAUGGACAAGAUCAAGGCCGAGAUGAAGAACUUCGUGCUGAAGCUGACCGUGCCCAAGGUGAAGGAGGAGGAGCGCAAGGACGUGUUCCAGGUGCGAUCGAGUAGGGAGGCGAGCCGAGUAGUCGUAGUGGUAGUAGCACUCAUGGAAGACGGAUCGAGUCUAGCAGUGGUAGUGGUAGUGCUCAUGGAGGAUGGCCUGCGCGAGUGUGAGAGACGCCUUGUUGAUGUGAUCAUGUUUCGUGUCUUUCUGCCCUGUUUUGCUUCGUUGAUCGUCUUGGAUCGUCGUCUCUGAUCGACUGGUGGUGAAUUUGGUCGCGAACUCUGUUGAUGUCCCAAGUUUGGCGUAUGAUGAACUACUUGAUGGUGAAAUUGGUCAUGAAAAUUUGUUGAUUUCCU